UUUAUGUUUUUUUUUCCAUGCAGGCUGUGUGCUUUCUUAUUGCUCAGUGCUCAUUUCUGUGCUGUAAAUCUGGGGAAAUGCAAAGUAAUCAGCAGGGCCAGGCCAGUCAUAAUUUGGAAAGAAUCAGUGUACAAAUUGCUUUAUGUUUCAGUAUGGAACUUCUACAGAACAAAAGCAAAGGACUGCAACCAACUCGAUAGCAUGAAGAGAAGGCAAAUGCCGGACUGACAGUAGUGCAGAAGAAAACCAGUUCACUGCCUAAACUAAGAAACAUAAUAAAUUCAAACUUGGAUUUCAGAGUGAAAGUAAUUAUGUAUUCUUGAAAAUAGGGUUGCAGACUUGCUUUCUAGGCUAUCAUCUGUUAAUACUGCUCUGGCAGGAGCAAAAAAACUAAAGAUACUAGAGGCCCUGAGUAAAAUAUGACACACAGCCGCUCUCUUCCAGCAUAGAAUAGCAUGCCUGCAAAAUAGCUGUUGCCAAAAUGUUUCUUGAUGCAUUAGGAUGUAUGGAACCAGAAAUUUGAAGGGUGCCUGAAAUUUUGCAAUUGUUCCAUUCAAACUGAAAGAGCUGUCAUGGAUUAAUAACUGUUCUUCAUAGAUAAAAAUGACUUGAAGGCUAUUUAUUAAAAAAAAAAAAAAUAGGCAGAGACAACACAACCGUUUCUACGUAAACAUUAACAGUGGGCCUGUCUCAAUCUAUCAUGGAAAGCAUGUUUUUACAAGAUGUUUCUUUAAAAGGAAGAAAUAGGAGGAGCACUGACUUACGAUUGAAAGGUUUGGGAUGUUUGUGUUUUUCCUUUGGGUCUUUGUGGCUUACAGAAUGGAACACGCAACACGAUGCAGCGCUCCUGCUUGUUUUCCAGUUGGGAGACUGAGGCUGACUGAAGGAAUAUCUGUGUUUGAAUACAGUCGUUUUCCAUCUGGAUUCUGAUAAAAUCCUGUUACGUGGUGCUUCAACUCAGUCCGGGGACUGAAGACUGUAGAUGUGCUGCAUGAGCUCCUCCUAAAUGCCCUUUGGCACCUGACAAAUUUAUGCCUUACUAUUGGUCUUGUUCUUCAUAGGGAAACAGAAAUUUCAGAUAUUGUGCUGUACGUCGUACUGAUCUUUGUCCAAAGUACUUCAAAGGAAGGACAAUAUAUUGUUUAGAAGACACAGGUUAAUACAGUGGGUAAUACUAUUUGAAGAUGCCAACGUCCUGGCAAAUAUGCUGCAAGAAAAAAUCCAGACCUAAGAAUGGAAAUGCCGAAAUGGAUGAUAUGGAAGACACAAGUGAAAAAAUGCAGAUGAAAAAAGAAAUUACGUUACUAAAUGGAGUUUCUUUAAUUGUAGGAAAUAUGAUUGGCUCUGGGAUCUUCGUAUCUCCCAGAGGCGUUUUAAUGUACAGUGCUUCCUAUGGACUCUCUCUCAUCAUCUGGGCUCUUGGCGGAAUGUUUUCUCUGUUUGGAGCUUUAUGUUAUGCUGAGUUGGGAACAUGCAUUGUCAAAUCCGGAGCUAGUUAUGCCUACAUCCUGGAAGCAUUUGGUGCCUUUGUGGCCUUCAUUAGACUGUGGUCUUCUUUGCUAAUUAUUGAACCAACAACUCAGGCAGUGAUAGCAAUCACAUUUGCUAACUAUAUUGUUCAGCCGAUUUUUCCUCAUUGUGAGCCUCCAUACGAUGCAGUCAGAUUGAUUGCAGCUGCUUGUAUUUGUUCCUUAACAUUUGUUAAUUGUGUUAAUGUGAAAUGGGGAACUCGUGUGCAAGAUAUUUUCACAUAUGCAAAACUUAUGGCCCUUGUCGUGGUGAUCUCUGUUGGCCUUUACAAAAUUGGUAAAGGAGAAACGGAAAACCUCAGAGCUCCCUUUGAGGGCUCAGCAACAGACCCGGGGAUGAUUGCGCUGGCUCUGUACUCAGCCCUCUUUUCCUACGCGGGGUGGGAUACCCUGAAUUACGUCACUGAGGAGAUGAAGAACCCCGAGAGGAAUUUACCUCUUUCUAUUGCAAUUUCCAUGCCAAUUGUGACUGUUAUUUACUUGCUGACUAAUAUAGCGUACUACGUAGUGCUGGACAUGUCAGCGCUCCUCACAAGUGAUGCAGUGGCGGUGACGUUUGGCACUGAAACGCUUAGUUAUGCUAAGUGGAUAAUUCCUAUAGCUGUGGCCAUGUCUUGCUAUAGUGGGUUAAACUCAUCAAUAAUUGCAGCAUCUAGGCUUUUCUAUGUUGGAGCCAGAGAAGGACACCUCCCUGAUAGUCUGAGCUUGAUUCAUGUAAAGUGUUUCACACCAGUCCCUGCUCUUCUCUUUAAUGGUUUAAUGACUUUGCUUUAUCUCCUCGUGGAAGAUGUUUUCCUCCUCAUUAAUUACUACUGCUUCAACUACUGGCUCUUUGUGGGCCUGUCUAUUGCAGGACUAAUAUAUUUGAGAUACACUCAGCCACGUAGACCACGGCCUAUUAAACUUAAUCUCUUCUUCCCUAUCAUAUACUGUUUAUGUUCCCUUUUCCUGGUCAUAGUCCCUCUUUACAGUGACACAAUCAAUUCCCUUAUUGGCAUUGGCAUUGCCCUCUCAGGCAUUCCUGCAUACUAUUUAGGAGUCUAUCUGCCAGUUGAAAAAAGGCCUAAAUGGCUACAGUGGCUCUCUGUUACAACGACCAAAUACAUUCAGCUGCUCUUCUACUGUGCUCUGUCAGACCUGGACAUAGACAUGGAACCUACAAAAGCUAAAGGCAAAUAGGGUUGCCUUGACAUUGGGAAUUGCACUUGACACAUCCUGUCUGGAACAAUUUUUAUAACCUGAAGUUCCCUCCAUAUCCUCAGAUACACUAAAGCAUCAGCCACUCUACUUUGCACCAGUUUGAUGUCUGUUAAUUUCUGCUUCAUAAACCACUUGCCAGCCUCUGUUUUACAGGAUUUUUUUAAACUGUUGGUUAACAGGUACUGAACAGCACUUUGAAACUAUAAAGCAUGGUACAAGCGCUUAUCAGUAGGCAAUUAUUGGGUUCACUAGAACAGGCUGCCCAGGGAGGUGGUGGAGUCUUCGUCUCUGGAGAUAUUUAAGACCCGCCUGGACGCCUACCUGUGUGACGUGGUGUAGGG